UAGAGCCCUAAAAGUAUUACCUCAAAAAAAACACCGUAAGGACAACCCAUGGACUGCAUCCGACCCGGUCACGCACUUCCGGAGCAAAUCUUUUUCGCUUCUCCAGGCGAAGCUUGACAAGUCCCGUCUUCCCACUAUCACGACUUCCCGCUGCCUCUGAUUCUUCCUCGCCGGCGUCCACCCCUAUUUAACCUUAAAGUACAAAUGAUAAAGAGACGAUUCUACAAGAUUGACCAUGGAGAUAGGGAUGAUGCCUCAGAUUCGUCUUCAUCAUCCUCAGACUUCGACCAGGAAGCUGAACCCACUGAAGAAUCAGAAGAACAUGUAAUACCAGCAGUGAAUGAGGAUAAUGAAUCUGGCUCCACAUCCUCUGGUUACAAAAGUGAGGAUAGCUCUGCAAAUGACAUUGAUGUCAACUCACCAGAUCAUCUAUUUAGUGAAGAUGAUGUUGAAAAAGUUGGCGGAAGAAAAGUUACUGCUAAUGCAGAGUUGUUUAACAAACAUGAUUCUGAAGUAUCGGAGAGAGAGUCUAAUAUUGACGGUGAAAAGGAAUGGGUGCCAGAAGAUAUUUCAUCCCAUAUCUUAAAAUGCAAAUCAGUUUUCAAGUGCAGAAUAUGCCCUAGGAUUAUCUGUUUGUCUGAGGAGACUUUGAGGGCUCAUUUGCAAUCAAAGAGGCAUGCUCGAUCCGCGAAAUUACUCAGUGAAGGUAGAUUGAAGGCAAUGCUGAACAGUGAUGGUGAAAUUGAGACCCAAGAGGUCUCAGAGACGCAAACUAUUCUGACGGAUAACCCGGAAAAGAAUCCCAAAGGACAGAAGCAGAACAAGAAGAAAUUGAGGAAGAAGAAAAGAGACAACGCAAACAGAAGAAAAAUGGGAUCAAAAGAAGGUCCUGCCAAGAGAAGGAAAAAAUGAGACUAGUACUGCAUGCUAUGUAACUUGUGGAGCAAUUUUGCCGGCUGCAAAUAUUUACCUGCCUAUGGAUGAUCUUCACAACAGUUUUUCUUUUGAAAAUUUUUUACAUAAUACUCCAAAUUGGCAUUCUCAUUAGCUUUCUACGUUCUUUUAGAUUAACGUUUUUGGUGGAAGCACAUCAAUGUAUUUAAAUUAAUAUACCUUGAAAUGGCAAUCCAGAUUAUCAUUGAUGUUAUCUGUAA